AUGGACGCUCCGAUUGUAAGACACAUAAAGAAGGUGCUUUCGGGGACGAGUCAGGACCUGGUGAUUGGGGCGAUGUUCGGGACACCAGCCAUCGUGAAGUUUGUGUUAACGGCGUUGACUCCAGAGUCACAGUGUUUGGUAUCGCGAAUGACAACUAUCAGCGACCCGUCACGAUGGGAGCCAUUAAUGGUGUGGUUCAAGACGUCGCUGGGGGCGCAGCGUACCCAGAUUUUACGUACUGCAUUGACGCAGUGUCGACAGCUUAAGGUGGUCAAGGUCGUCGACCUUGCACAGCCCGCACAGGCACCCGUACGACCCGGAGGACGAGUGCAAGCCCCUCCACCGCCAGCGGCGCCGGGCAUUAAGAAGCGUUCCGGUGGUCUGGCGGCAGUCAGUCGUGCGUCGGGUGGUACAGGCAGCAAUGGGCCGGGUCCGGUGGUUGCGGGGAGUCACACCAGCGCGGCGACCCAAAGCCAAGUGAGUCGCCUGAGUCGGCCGGGGGGCCUGACGCGUUCCAACCUGAGUGUCACCAGUGGGCCUGGCGCUGGUGGUCCUGGCGCUGGUGGUCCUGGCGCUGGUGGUCCUGGUUCCAAUGUGGGAGGUUCAAGUUUAGGCGGUUCUAAUAUGGCUGGUUCUGGUGGUUCCAACGUGGGCGGAAGUCAAUUAGGAACGAGUCAAGUGGCGGGUAAGAACGACGCAGGACGCAUUCGGUACGAGGUCCACCCGCAGUUCCGGCAGUCAUACCUGUGGCUCGUAUCGGACAAGCGUGUGCUGGCACAUCCAACGUUCCGGUGGUUGCGGCUGCCAAGUCUGGAGGAAGCCAAACACCUGGCGACAGGGCCAGACGCGGCCUCUCUCGAGAGUUUCAGUCGGCACAAAUGGGCGGGAAUGUUGUUAUGGGCGUUUAAGCAGAGUGCGACGCAGAGUCCCGUGCUGCGCUACUUUCCCAUCGUUCAAGUCCCGCCUCCGGGUGACCUACUGCGGAAUAUUAUGAUUAGUGCGGGACUCGCACAUGAACAAGUGCAGCGAUUCGCCGGGAUCCAAAUUGGGGAAGAAGCCGCUGCUUCUGACGUCCGUUGGUUCCUUUCCGACCUCCCUACCCAAGUGGAUGACAUUGUAAUGGGCGCUCUCACCCAACUCGCACUUGGCCAACAUGUUUCCGUCGAAGUUCCCGCCAUCGCCGCCAGGACCUCAGGCGGUGGUGCGGGCGGCGGUGUGGGCACCAUGAGCGCGACCGGCUUUCUGUCGGGUGACGUGCCUCUAAUGGUCUUGUUGGCACAGGUGGCUGCGAACAAGAUUGGCGAACCUAUACUCGUAAGCGAGGACGCACCGCCUUUCGUGAACGACUUUGUGAGCGCACUUCACGACAUCGGCCUUAUCUACUCCGCAGCGGUCACUCUCCAAGGCCGCAGCUACCGUAGCGUCGUACCCUGUCCCCUCGCACGCGUGUUCGCUAUAAAUCCCGCCACCAAUGGCUCUGAACUCUGGCUACUAUCACAACUCUACGGCGCAGACUCCCUUCAACACACACCUAUCCAAAGCCGAACUCUCGCACUCCCCCGGCAAAGAUAUAGCGCCUGCUGCUCUCCUUCCCUGUUCCAGGACUCCGCCAACUCACUUGAGUUCCUCUGGACCUUGCCCUCCGACCCGCUCCAGGAAAUGCAUAUCCAAAUGGUCAAGGCGGAAGAGGAACAACGCAUCGCCAACGCCACUGCUGUCAGUGAACCCAGGUCCAGCGCCAUCAGCGCUACCGGUACCACCGCAUUCACCUCCGUUUCCAGUGGACUGGGUACCAGUGGACUGGGUACCAGUGGACUGGGUACCAGUGGACUGGGUACCAGUGGACUGGGUACCAGUGGUUCGGAUAUUAAGGCCACUACUCCGAAGAAGAAGGGCGUUAUAGUGGAAAGCAAUUUCCGUGUUUUCUGUUAUUACCCGGAUGCUCUGCAGGCCUGUAUUAUUGCGUCGAUAUGCGACGUGAAAAUGGUUACUCCGAUCUUGGUCGUUGCAAUGCUGACCAGAGAGAGCGCGACCAGGCGGCUCAUGGAAGGACUCAAAGCUGAACAGAUAAUCAAGUUCCUGUCCUCGCAUGCGCAUCCUCUGGUGGUUAACAAAUUCCUCAGCCAGGAUCGCACCGCUCCGAAAAUGGUAUCGUUGCCUGAGAACGUUCACAACCAACUGAUCCUAUGGGAAGACCAACUGAGCGCUGUGUCCCAAACCAAUGCCGUUAUCUUCGAACUAUCAGACUCUUCAGAACUACAGCUCUUCCCUCAAUUGAUAUACCGCGCCAAAUCUUCGGGUCAUCUCAUAUGCAGCACUCCGGGGCCCUCGACAAGCAGUUCCGCUGAGGUAACUUUCCUUGCUACCGCUUCCCAGCAUUGUAACACUGUCCUAACAUUUGACCCUAUUAUUUGA